UCGCCAUCUCGUUGAUGGAAUGCUGAAUGAGUGGAAUUCUGGAGGAGUCGUAACGUGCAUAGAAGCGAGGAAGCUUUCCAAAUUUUGUCCACAAGUCGGAGAUGAAAUGUAAAUCGACAGUUGACUGACGCUCCGAACAACAACACUCACUCAAAGCAGCGAUUGACUAUUGAACAAACGAGUGUGCGUGAAGGAAGGCGUCCCUACGAAGUAUGUAUAAGAGAGUAAAGAGAGUGGCAGAAGGCAGGAAAAUGGCGGAGAGGGUAAGAGAAAAGGAGAACCAGCAGAGAGUGGAUACUUUGACCACAAUCUAUCUGAAACAAAGUCAGAGUAGCAGGGAGAUGAUACGAUCCACGGUCCCAACAUCCGUCAGGCAGAUGGUUCGCCACCAUCCAACCCAUCUCAGCGGCUCUCUUGCUGCUUCCGCUGCCAGGAAUCGGGAUGAAACGGCGCCCGAUUGCGCAGCAAUCGUACAACUCGUAUUGGGAGGCUUCAUUUGGCCCACGGCAGCAAGAUGUUUUGCAUCCCAAGCGCAUGUCAGGAAAGCACUGCGCAGGUGCAUCAGAGGAUCAGAGGAUCAGAGCAUGCCAUCAAAAGAUGGAGGAAUUCCAAGUACCAUACGGGGCUUCACCAAGCGGUGGUUUUGGCCCCCGACUAGGACAUCGAGGGGGUGUGAUGCUAGCUGGCGUUCGAGCUGUUCGGAGAGCCUCUCCGCCACCCUCGCCAUUCACGUCGUCUACUCCGUAAGCGAAGAGACCGUCAGGGAGCGAGUCGUCGAUCCUGAGGGCAAUCAGAAACGACUCACGAGCAAAUUCUCGCGUUCGUGCCUUUCCACGCGCAACUCGCCGGGGCAGCCAAUCACGGCCCGCAACUGGGCGCGUACUGUAGUGAAACGUGCCGGCCCGGACGACAAGGACCGGGGCGGUGGGGCAAGUAGCCAGAGCGAAAGUGACACCCAAGAUAGAACGUCUUUAAGCUUUAAGCGGAAUUUGAACUGGCUCGUCUGUUUCAAGGAAUAUCUAGCUAGGAAAUACAGUGCUCAGCGUGUCACUAGCCACCCUAUUCCGAGGAUGAGAAAUCCAAGUCGACCGGAUGGCACUCGGUAUCGUCUACGUAAUACAGUCAGAGACCCAACAGAAUUGGUAGCCACCUCCAUAAACCCGGCGGAUGUUUGCCCUAGAUGCAAAUCAAUGACAUCCACUCCAAAGGGACUGAUGGAACUCGUAUCAGAGCGCGGGUUCGAGCUCAACUAUCUAUCUGUUGUUCACGCCUCUGAGCAAGGCUGUCUAUUUUGCAAGUUGCUCCGUGCAACGGUUAUCCGCAAAACUAAAUCCGUCGAUCGGAAGAGGAUGAGCCGCGAUAGAGAGGCAACGGCCGGGAAAGACACAUUUCUGACUUGCAAAUUAUACCUCAAUGAUAGAUUUGAAGGAAAGAGGGCUUUACGGGAUCUGAGUGGUGAGGAAGAAAGGGAGAAAGAGGAGCUGGAGAGAUUUGGUGAAGUGUAUCAGCUACUAAAAAGGGCUGAUAUAAGUUCUCGCAUUUGGGUUUAUUACUAUGUUACAAAGGGCUUCCCGGCUCACGAAGUUGGGUCGAUUGACAUUUACGCACCAGAAGAAAGCCUCCUCAUGCACCGUAUAAAAGACCAAUUUCUCGAAUGCCGUCUUAAACACAACAAGAAAUGUUCCUUCAAUGCAGACUCUUAUCUCCCAACACGCAUCAUUGCUGUAGGUGCAAAAGAUGAAACACCUUUUUUACAUAUCAGCAAAGCUUCAGAGAGAGCAAGUUAUGUAGCGCUUAGCUAUUGCUGGGGCGGGCCCCAAAAGGUAACCACAACAGUUGCAACACUGCAGUCGAGGAUAAGUGGGUUAAAUUUCGAAAGCCUGCCAAGAACUCUACAGGAUGCUAUCACCGUAACACGUCUACUCGGAUUCAAAUACCUUUGGGUUGAUGCGCUAUGUAUUGUCCAAGACAGCACCACAGACAAAAUCGCCGAAAUCAACUCCAUGGGAAACGUCUAUAAGAACGCCACGAUUACCAUCGCAGCAGCAAAUGCAUCCAGUGUUAAUGAAGGCUUCUUAGAAAAGGAAAACCCGCCAAACUGUGCACGCCUGCCGCUUAGUCUUCCGAGUGGGGAUAUGGGGGCUAUUUCUUGCCACCCGACUUCCCAUUCUUUGGACUCGGAUGAAAAUGUCUUGGGCACAAGAGCGUGGGCCUUGCAGGAACACUUGCUAUCUCCACGACUCAUUUAUUUCGGAAAUGAUUAUUUGGCCUGGAAAUGUCUUACGACAUGCAUCUCUCUUGUUUCAGAAUUGAGAUUUGCUUCAGCGGAGAUGCGAUUGCCUAACAAGCUUUUUGAUAACACCAACAACGAAAUUUUGUCCAGAGACAAAUUGGCAUUGACAUGGAAGAAUGUUGUGGAGGAUUAUAGUGGGAGGGCUUUGACAGUCCCGGAAGAUCGUCUGCCUGCUUUAUCUGGUGUUGCUAGCGAGCUCCAACACUGCUUUCCUUCCCAGAACGCGUAUUACGCUGGGAUGUGGGAAAUGAUUUUGAUAAGACAGAUUGGAUGGUUUAAUCGAGAACACGAAUCUAAAGCCUCAGGGUUGCGGGUUCCUAUGGAAAGAAAAAGACAAGGUCCAACAUGGUCAUGGGUAUCUCUCGACCAUCCAGUUCGCUUCGUCGACGUGUAUCACGAAGCGGCCAUUAUGAUAUCCUGCAAAAUCGAACUAGCUAUUCAAGGUGCCCCAUUUGGAGAGGUUACUGGCGGUACUCUGACUUUGCGCGCUGUCAUGGCUUCCCAUCCUUGCUCAGGGCCGGAGGGACUCAGCAAUAGAGCCACAAUUACCAUGGACGAGGAUUCCCCUGCUGAGGACAGGGUUGCGAUAUAUGUGUGUAUCGGUAAAACCGUACAGAAAAUGGGCGUUGGUUUAAUUUUGCUUCCAGCAGAACUAGGCAAUUUUAAGAGAAUUGGUCAGAUACGAGUUCCGGAGAAAGAGGAGGACAAGGUUUGGUCGAGAGAUAUAGAAAUGCAGACUAUUACAAUUAUAUAA